AACAGGGAAAAACCCUCAAACGGCGGCGUUGGCUCCCUCUCUGGCCAUAGUCGAUUCUUUUUUUUGUUCAAGCGCAAACGUUCUAUCUCUCUCUAGCAAAAGUCGAUUCCUUUUUUUUUGUUCUACUGGUUUCUGCGUUGAGAUUGAGAAAUGCGAUCAUCUUUGCGGCUUCUAGCUGGGUCUCUCUUAGAGAGCAGACGAGGGUUUUGUACGAGCUCCGAUAAGCUCGUAGCUUCGGUGCUUUUUGAGAGAUUGCGCGUUGUGAUACCCAAACCGGAUCCUGCUGUUUACACUUUUCAGGAGUUCAAAUUCAAUUGGCAACAGCAGUUUCGUCGUAGAUACCCGGAUGAGUUCCUGGACAUAGCUAAGAACAGAGCCAAGGGUGAAUACCAGAUGGACUAUGUACCUGCUCCUAGAAUUACAGAGGCUGACAAGAAAAACGAUAGGAAGUCAUUAUAUAGAGCUCUUGACAAAAAGCUGUAUCUUCUCAUCUUCGGCAAGCCAUUUGGAGCAACUAGCGACAAACCCGUCUGGCAUUUCCCAGAAAAAGUCUACGAUUCUGAGCCAACUCUUCGCAAGUGCGCGGAAUCUGCUUUGGAGUCAGUCUUAGGAGACCUCACUCACACAUACUUCGUCGGAAAUGCUCCAAUGGCUCACAUGGUUAUACAACCUACAGAAGAAACACCAGAUUUGCCAUCUUUCAAGAGGUUCUUCUUCAAGUGCAGUGUAGUUGCAGCAUCGAAAUACAACAUAAGUAACUGCGAGGAUUUUGUGUGGGUAACUAAAGAUGAGCUUUUGGAAAUUUUCCCUGAGCAAGCUGAGUUCUUCAACAAGAUGAUCAUUAGCUGAGUCACACUCACACCACAAAACUCCUAUUUGAAUCUCUUCUUCAUCAUCACUCUAAUAACCAGACCAAACCAUGUCUCUGGAUUUUUGUGAAGGAUUUUUUUGUUGUUGUUGACAGUUGAUCAGAAGUAGUUCAAUGUAGUUUGGCUUUUUUAUACAUCUCUCGGAUGCACAUCACAAGAAAGAGUGGAUCUUGAGAAGAAAUCACAUUUAUUUACGCUA